AGCGCCAGUCAGCAGUCGACAUUACGAACACAAGCUUAGUUAAAUGGCUCUAGUUUAAGCCAUUAUUCACUGGCUUGCAUAAUAAUGAAUCAAUGUAACGUCGAGCAGAGAUUUUUCUUCAAGUAGGAAACUGAUUUUAAAGGAAACUACAAACAUGUAGAACAUUAAGGUCCAAAAACUGUGCUUGUAGCAUUGGAAAUCUAUUUUCACAUUUAUUGCUAAAAUUGUGGAAAUUUUCUUUGUGCUCACAAAAAAAUUAAAUAAAUCUGAUUUGAAGAGAGUCUCCAGUUCAUAUACACUGUGGACAGACUUUAGUUUGUAUUAUUACCUCAUUAAUAUUCUAAAUAUUAAAAUUCUGAUUAUAAAUUUAAUCUCCAAAACUACACAGUGCCCCUUUACUGUGGUAUUUACACCUUUUUCUGCAAAAACAAUGUCAGACACACAUAAGAGAGUUUCUGUAUGUGUGGACGGGAGCUUUAACAUCUUCUACAUGGGCUGAGAGGUCUUUCCUGCCCAACUGCGCCUGGAAAGAGAAAAAUCAGUUCAUAGCGAUGAUCUGGACACUUUGUUUGGAGACUUGACAACAUGUUCUUCAUCUUACAGAGAUGCCAUCGUCUCAUCCAUCAGCUGUAACUUGAAGAAAACUUGAAGAAAUGUUCCAAAUAAAAUCCACUUUUAAAUUAUAUUCCUAUUGAGAAGGCAUGAAAACAAUGUGGCGACUGCAGCAGCUCGUUCCAUAAUGCAGCGUAAUUUAUUAAAGAGGCAGCCUGUUGAGCUGAGCUGGUCAUCAGCGGCGAGGCUGCUUCAUAAAAGACACAAAAGAUUUAUGAUUUUGACGUUUAAAUAGCUGUGAGGAUCGAGAGUCCGGAGAGAAACAGAGUGUUUCAAUCAGCUCUGACUCUGAUGUCUGCAGCCUUCUGGAAGUUAUCAACCAGCAUCAGAGCGACAGAGAGACACAAACAUGUUGGUACAUUUUGACGUCUGAGCAGCUUUGUUGAUGAGGGAGGUCUCGAGUCGGAAAUGUAAUGAUGGGCUAAUCCCCUCGCAUGCGUAAUGACAGCUGGUGAGAGGAGCACGGCUCAAAACCAAACCUCCAUCUGUCCGACCGACACAGUUUGUUCUGACGAGGACGCGGCGACGCAUCGCCUUUUACGCACGACCACGACGGCGGAGUGAGUUAACAGCGGAGUGCGAGCAGCUCUACUUCUUGUUAUGAUGGUCUGAUGUGAACAGCACUGCUGGGUGGACAUUUUCAGAUCGCUUUACACUUUUUGAGGACGCGCAGAGUUGACUGAUCUCUCGCUUCAGUCGCGCGUAAAACCGGUUUGGUGCGUCACGAGGCAACAUUCGCCCCCAAAACCUACUUAUUUUUUUAGCUGAAACAACAAGAUGGAGAACUUUACAGCAGCUCCAGAGCUCAAUCACACUCUGGGCGUGUGGAUGGACUACAGCAUCCCGUACAAAGUGAUAAGUAGUUUGCUGCUUUUGGUGAUUUGCGCUCUUGGAAUCGUUGGCAACGUGAUGGUCAUCCUGGUGGUGCUCACCACCAAACACAUGAGGACUCCGACCAACUGCUACCUGGUGAGUCUGGCCGUGGCUGACCUGAUGGUGCUCACGGCGGCCGGGUUGCCCUCCAUCACGGACAGUUUAUUUGGAUCUUGGGUGUUCGGACACUACGGCUGCCUCUGCAUCACCUACUUCCAGUAUCUGGGGAUCAACGCGUCCUCCUGCUCCAUCACAGCCUUCACCAUCGAGAGAUACAUCGCCAUCUGCCAUCCGAUCAAAGCUCAGUUUCUGUGCACCCUCUCCCGAGCGAAAAAGAUCAUUUUGUUCGUUUGGGCUUUCACCUCUCUGUACUGCGUGAUGUGGUUUUACCUGUCAGACAUCCAGGAGCUGGUGUACGACAACAUCACCAUCAUCACCUGCGGCUACAGAGUCUCCAGGAAGUUUUAUCUACCCAUCUACUUCUUCGACUUCGGCGUCUUCUUCGUGCUGCCGCUGCUGCUCUCCGCGGUCUUGUACGGGCUCAUCGCCCGGAUCCUCUUCCUCAACCCGCUGCCCUCCGACCCCAAAGACAAGAAGAACGGACAGAACAACCACAACGUCAACAACAAAACCAGCUGCAAGAACUCCCGCCACUCCAGCUCCACGGCGAGCUCCCGCAGACAGGUGACCAAGAUGCUGGCUGUGGUGGUGAUCCUGUUCGCCACGCUCUGGAUGCCGUACCGCACUCUGGUGGUGGUCAACUCCUGCCUGGACCAGGCCUACCUGGACAGCUGGUUCCUGCUUUUCUGCCGGGUCUGCAUCUACCUCAACAGCGCCAUCAACCCGGUCAUCUACAACGCCAUGUCGCAGAAGUUCCGCGCCGCUUUCCGCAAGAUCUGCCGCUGCGGCAGGAAAGGCUCGGACAAACCGGCCACCUACAGCGUGGCCCUCACGUACAGCGCGGUGAAGGACACGUCGAUGGUGGAGAGCACCGAUCACUUCACUACCGAGCUGGAGGAGCUGACCGUCACGGACGAGCUGCUGUCGGAUCAGAAAAUGUUCCCAGAUCCCUGCGUGUACGGGAAGGUGAAUUUCAGCGACGCCUGAGAUUCAGAGACCAACGGAGGAUUGUUUAACGGAGUCUGUUAAGUGGGAAUAUCGCUCCUUGAGUGCCUGCUGACCUUUUCUGAAGCCAGACUGCUGUAUAGAGAGAUGUAAACACCAAUUACAGCCAGUGAUGAGUAAUGACAGUCUUUGAGGCGUGAAGCCAAACAACACUUCAUCGAGAAUGAUACCGUGCGUUGUAAAGCGACAAACGCGGACAGAUAAGCUUUCGUAAUCACAUAGCUGUUAUCUCAUCUCAGACUCGCCUCACAUGAUAAACUGUGUGAGUCAAUAAAACAUGAACGUGGGCAAAAACACCAUUAACACUUCGUAUAUCUGGUCUCAGUCCAGCACAGACUGUUGAUCUCUAAAGGAGACAUAUCAUUCUUAUUUUCAGGGUUCAUCAUUUUAUUUCAGGUUACUGCUAGAAUAUGCUCGAAAAACACAGAACAUACAAACACUCUGUUUUAGAUCCUGUCUCUUUAAGGCCCCACCCCUCUCUCCUCUGAUUGGUCGGCUUACACACGCCUGAGCCAGCACAGCUAACAACAACGCUAAAUCAGUUCUUACGUGCCAAACUAGCUGCUAAGUGUGUGACAUGACUGCAUCUCGUGAUGUCACGAAGUGUCACAGAGUUAAAGGCGGGACUACUGACGAGGCGUUUCAGGAGCGGUCUUUUCUGUGGGAGAGAGGAGCUUCUGUUGGUGCAGACUUUGACCUUUUAACUUUCAAGAUCUUUCACAAGCACAAGAACCCCUACAACACACUGAAGGAAAGGAGAAAAAGAAAACAGAUCUCCUUUAAAGCUGCACAGGGCAGCGCAGCACUCGCAAGCUAACAGUCUUACCAAAUGUGAACUCCAAUACCCAUAAAUCCUGCAACAUGAAACUGUUCCCGACACGUUCACGUUUACCAACACAGCCGGUAAGUGAUGCCUGAAUGCCGAAGAGAUGACAGAAGCAAGAAAAACAACACCAACGAGUGAAGAAAUCAGUGGAGAAGUGUUGAUUGCCUGUGCCGUACAGAGACGUUUGGGUCCGAGCUAAGAAAACAAGGUUUCUCUCCAACCCCUCGCCCUGUGCAGCUUUCAUAAGUGUACGCCAUCCUGCCCCCCUGAUGUUUUCAGGCCAGGCGGUCCAUUAAAGGGUGAAUCACACCUGAACCUUCACAGACAAAACAGGCCCUAUUUUUACUGUGAAGGACAUGUAUACGGCCUCGAGCACAGCGUGGAAAGCGAGACAGACUGUGCUGAGUGUGCCCUGGAGGCUCCGGCUCAGCCUUCACGAGCUCUCUUGAGUGCUGCGUCGAGCUUUUUCCACCGAGCGCUCGCUGACAGCGCGGGGGAACGAGUCACGGAAACCACUCUGCAACUCGGACUUUUAAAAAGUGCCAUGAUGACGUUUAUUACGUGUUGCUUCGGCUUCCACAGCAUCACCCUGCUUCUGAUAAGACAUCAUUUAUAAAGGGUUUAUAAGCCGUCACUAAUGGCUUCACCUAUGGGCAGGAAAUCAUUUUAUGGAUGAGUCGCUCUUUAAGUGGCAGGUACUUUUGUAAACAGGGCUUUCUGAGAAAUGUCUCCGUCCAGACGAGCGUUUUAGCGCCGUUUUUCCCAACAAGGCAUUAUCAUAAUGCGUUCCAACAUUUGCCGAUGAUGUUCGAUGAUGAAAUAAGGUCCCCAGAAUUUAAUUUAGACCUUGGUGCCCAUGGUGGGCACUUAGAGACCUCCUCAAGCUUCCUCAGCCGGGGGCUUUGAGUGACGUGAUGGAGGGUGUCACAGUGUGCUGAGACAGCCUGGAGAGAGAGGUUAAACCCCUGGAGGUCAGCUCAAACCUGCACCGCUGCCGAGGUGCUUCUCAAACCUUCAAAAACUAAUUCAUAAAUCUGAUCAGAACAGCUUCGUUCAUGAAGUCAUGAACCUUCGUUGAUGCUCUGAGUUGUAAAAGGUUAACAGACACGUUAAUGUACAACUUAUAAACCCCGUGUUAAACACGCCUUAUCAGACAGUGGGACCUCCGUCACUUACAGCCACAGCAAUGAUUGUACACCUCGAUGUUUAUCAGUGUGAAUACAGAGACGUAGUGCAACAUAUAGAAUCUGUGAGCUCCAUCCAGAAUUCAGUGUUCGAGCUGCAGCGAAGUGAAGUGAAUGUUUUGCUCGGUGUCACGUGACCUGUGGAUUUAACAAACCGUCGCUUUGCUCGUCUCGCUUUCUUAGCUUGCGAAACGGAUCGGUGCGCCGCGUAGAUACACUGACGUUGUGUUGUGGCGUUUUUUCUUUUGUGUGUGUGUGUGUGUGUGUGUGUGCCGGAUCAGUGACUGUUUAUGGACUUCUUAGCACGGUCGACCACACUGGGGAAUAUAAUUGGGCGGCAGCAGACAUGAAGCCCUGACACUCUGAACAGGGUCUCAUCACGACUGCAUGUGGAAAAUGUUCUGUAACAGCUGCAGUUUUCUCUAACGAUUGCACCGAUAGUUCACACGCCUUCAGUAUCAGUAGAUUCUUGCCCUCGUGUGUGUCCCCUGUGUAUUUAAAGUGAUGGUAUUUAUAGUAACUCUUCUGUCUGUAAGUUGAAAAGAGAAGCUGUGGAUUUGUAAUCAGGCCACUCUUGCUUUUACUAUUGCCUGAUAUUAAUUUGUGAUGUACAGUUUGCCAGCUGCUGCCACAGUUUUGCUCUUUAGACUAAAUGUGAUCCCGUGAGUUCGAUGGUUAGCUAGGAACUACUCAUGUGUGUAUUUUAUCUUUCUGUUUCAAAUAAAGUUGUUUCUGCAAUUACA